GAAAGCAUAAGAGUGCAUUAGCGCAGGCCUUCUAUAAAAUGCGUUUAAUUUAUAAAGGGAUUGAAAAUCAGUACAGGUAAAAAUGCCGACUACGACAAGGAAGACUGGGAUGGCCAUUUAUGCCUUAUUAGCCGUCGUUAACCAGACAGUCGGACCUGAGAUUUGAACUCGGGUUGUUUCGUCUUUGAGCUACGGGCCCCUUGUUCUGUCGUUUGCGAUCGGGAAUACUAUUUUGGCAGCGCGUUCACCGAUCAGGCCAUGAGACGUGCUCAGUCCAGUGGCGGAGCGUUGGCCUAAACAAUGCUCGAUGACCAAAGGACACUGGUUCGAAUCGCAGGCUCUGCAGAGCUGGGAUUGUGGAAGUCCUGGUGACGACGGCUGAUAAGCCAGAAAUUGCCAUUCUAUUCUCCUUUGAUUUGGCCGACAUUGUUCGGCAUAUACUACUGGCAGCUGUGCGACCGCCUAGGAGGGCUCCAGAUUGCGGCCCAAGGCACAAAGGGACGAGCAUGCCCCUUGACUCGAUCAGUGAGCCCAUUCCCAGCAGGUCAAUUCAACAAGAUCUUAUUUCGUAGCCUUACCUGUUAGCGGUUAGCGCUAGGGGUCAAGGGUUGGGGUUAGGCUGGUACUUGUCUACUGCAGGUACGGCUACGAAAUAAGAUCCGACCGUCAAUCCAUACCACGUAGCAUUUUUUCAAGAUCUUCAUGGUUUGUGUCUGAGCUGAAAUAUGCGUUACAACACGGCGUUCCAGCAAUAAAGACUCAGUAUCUUACCUCUUGUACAAUUGCAGGAUGUGAACAGACGUGUUUCCGACGUCGUGGCUGGGCCCAGCCUUGACAAUGCGGACGGAAAUAUUAUAUUGCCGACCCCUUCCACAGCAUCACUAGAGGCAAACUCGUCUACUCCAACUUCCCUAACUGCUUCUCUACUAGCGAGUUCAAUGCUCGAACAGCUGAGUCCCGAUACCCUCUGGCCGAAGAAUCCUCAACUAGCUGUCCGCCUUUUCUCAGUGAGUGAGCUCCUUUCAUGAAUUUCCUUAGCUGUCGCCCCAUUUUCAGAAAUUACUCACUUAAUGCCUUGAUCCGUAUUUUUAAACUCCCGGGUUUUGCCCGUGUUUUUCUGCUGCCAUUAUUAAAAGUGCAACUAACAGACCCCUGCGCGAAAUUGCCGAUCACUUCUCAGUCUUUCUUUGUUACUGUUACACUCUCAGCUUACCCUCAAUCGCCUCUGCUUGACUCUGCGCACAUGCUCGGACUGCGAUGUCGUCACCGUCAUGCAAGAAGAGUCCCUGGCCCUCGUUCUGGGAAUGUUGGCCUUUUACGUCAACCAUAUGGAGGUAAUUUUCCUGUUUGCCACUGCGCGUACCCCAUCCUCUGAUGUGCGCGCACAAUUUUUAAGCGCAAAACAUGGUUACUGAAAUAUCAAAAGUAGCGAUAGUUGGCAACAUUAAUGUGUUUACACCGCCAGGUAGGCGACAAGGUGCCGUCGGCAGUACGCGAUUGCUUUGCCCAUUUGGUACCCCUGCUGCAGCAAGUGGAGCAGGUAGUAUCGACUCGUGCCAGUGCGUCAAGAGAUCUGGCUCGACAGUUGCGCAUCUCUCUGUGCACUCGUGGCGCGGUUCCUGCAGACGAGACGCCACUGGUUCCACCAGGGGUCGACGUGGAGGCUGAACCAUCUGAGCGGGCCUCUCUGCUUUUUCCCACGUAAGUUUUCCGCCUUUAUGACUUUUCAUCCGUUCUGGCGUAUUCGUUAUGGUGUGUUUUGUUUUCGUCUAGCCUUAAUACUCCCAACCAGAAUCGCUCAUCGAAGCCACUGAUCGAAGAGAUAUUUCCAGCUAACUCGACAGGAGAUGCCACUGCAGAAACUGCGCCCACGGAAAUGGACGAAAAGUUGGCUUCAGCCUUCGAACUUCUUCGCGAUCCGCUGCUACCGGUCCGUGGGCACGGUCUUAUUGAAAUAAGCCGCCUUCUGGAGAGCCGGGAUCCGGCUGUGCGCGGGUUUGAGGACAAAAUUUAUGAGGUUUGGCUUCAUUCACAACUGUUUGCUCACUUACCAUCGUUGAUCUGAUUUUACAUUGCGUAUGAAGGCAAUCCUUUUGUUUGCACACGUUUUCUCCCUUUAGGUUUUGGUUAAACAGUUGGAUGAGGAGGAUAGCUACCUCUACCUGAACGCGGUCCGCGGUCUUUCGGCUCUCGGUAAUGCAUAUACGGAUCGUUUGCUUCCAGUGCUUCUGCAUCACUUCCACUCGCCAAAGCCCGCAGCCCCGCGUAUUGAAUUUCGACUGAAGAUGGGUGAAGCCAUCGUUCGUGUGCUGAGAGACCUAGGCGCGUCCCCUCCUCACCGAUAUUAUCCACUAUAAAACAUUUACUAAAAUGAUUUAAGUAGCACGAAUUUAGUUCUAAUACGUGCCGGCCUCGUGUAGAUUGUAACUUGCCUGUUUUUCUUUAUCCCUUUUCAAGGUCAAAUGGCGGUAAAGUACAGGGACCUAGUUAUGUCUGGUCUCCUUAAGGCAUCUUCUGACCCAGAUGAAUACAUUCGUGCUGCCAGUCUUUCAAACAUGGCUGAAAUCGCCUGUCUUCUGCGUCACGGCAUCCAACCAGUCGUUUAUGAAGUGAGUGCGCUACUGACAGCCUUCUUCCCAAUAGAAUCAACCGUUUCGUGCAUAGAAUUUAUAAGCCUGCCGACGGGCAUUGAUAACUAACCCCUCCCCGUCUGUUCAUUCAGAUAUGCGGCGUUAUUGAGGAUCAUCUGAAGCAUGACUCAUCUCCUUGCGUGCGCAGAUCAGCUGCCUUCCUUGCAGCACGGGGUCUCUUUCAGGGUGCCCCGGGCGACCCGCUGCCCUCCUUCCUUCCGGCGGACGUACUUCGCGACGUUCAUCGCCUGCUCACCGACCAAUCACGCAUCGAGAGGGACCCCAGUGUCCUCGAACAGAUCGAAGCGGCUCUGGGCCAACUUCACGCGCGAACACAGUCCAGCGUAUUUCUCAAGCCGGACAGCGCAGAUUCCCUCGUUAAGGAAAUUCACGUUAUCCGGCCCUUUGAAGACUGA